GCUCCUUGUUGACGCACACGUGCUUUCGACGUCACUCCUGUCUCCGGUAUUGCGUGUCAACAUGGCGGCUUCCAUGGCUUCCCAGGCUGCAGUUAGAGGACUGAGGACAACUGCGACAAAGCGCGUCCUGCUGGACAAGCUACAGUGCAGCUGGCUGACCCCCAGGAGAUGGCUGAACCUACAGGAGUACCAGAGCAAGAAGCUGAUGCAGGACAGCGGCGUGGCAGUCCAACGCUUCUACGUGGCUGACACAGCGUCUGAGGCGCAAGAGGCGGCAAAAAGACUCAAUGCCAAGGAAAUAGUCCUGAAAGCUCAGAUUCUGGCUGGUGGGAGAGGCAAGGGUGUGUUCGACAGUGGCCUCAAAGGGGGAGUGCACUUAACUAAGGACCCCGCAGUUGUUGGCGAGCUGGCUAAAAGGAUGCUCGGCUUCAACCUGAUUACCAAGCAGACGCCCAAAGAUGGAGUGAAAGUGAAAACGGUGAUGGUCGCUGAGGCUCUGGAUAUAAGCAGAGAGACGUAUUUUGCCAUCCUAAUGGACCGGGCCUGUAAUGGUCCAGUAAUGGUGGGGAGCCCCCAGGGAGGGAUGGACAUUGAAGAGGUGGCCGACACCACCCCAGAGCUCAUCUUUAAGGAAGUCAUAGAUAUAUAUAAAGGCGUGCAAGACGACCAGGCGCUUCGCAUGGCAGCUAAUUUGGGUUUCAAAGGACCUCUGCAAAGACAGGCAGCGGAUCAGAUUAAGAGGCUCUAUGAUCUGUUCCUGAAAGUCGACGCCACUCAAGUUGAAGUCAAUCCGCUCGGAGAGACUCCCGAAGGACAAGUGGUCUGCUUCGAUGCCAAGAUCAACUUUGACGACAACGCCGAGUUCCGUCAGAAAGAUGUGUUCGCCAUGGAUGACAUGACGGAGAGCGACGCCACGGAGAUGGAGGCAGCCAAGUGGGAUCUUAAAUACAUCGGAAUGGACGGAAACAUUGCCUGCUUUGUGAACGGAGCCGGUCUGGCCAUGGCAACAUGUGACAUCAUUGACCUCCAUGGAGGAAAGCCAGCUAAUUUCCUGGACCUCGGGGGCGGUGUCAAAGAGAGGCAGGUGUAUGAGGCUUUUAAGCUGCUGACUGCUGACCCAAAGGUCGAAGCCAUCUUGGUCAACAUCUUUGGAGGUAUUGUCAACUGUGCCAUCAUUGCCAACGGCAUCACCAAAGCCUGUCGAGAGCUGGAGCUCAAGGUCCCGCUGGUGGUCAGGCUCGAAGGCACCAACGUUCACGAAGCUAAGAGGAUCCUGACCGAGAGCGGCCUGCCCAUCACAGCAGCCGACAACCUGGAUGACGCCGCCAAGAAAGCGGUGGCCGCCAUCAGGAAAUGAGAGCUUCUGCCAACAUCUUCACACUUUCCUCCCCCGUGGCUUCCGUCAUCACCAGCGGCCUUUUCUAUCCACAAACCUCCAUUUUCUCUCAUCAACAUCACUUUUUAUUUUUAAAAAGAGUUCUCACUUCCAUAUUCGUAUGGAAUACGUUUUCAAAUUAUUUUACAGUCAUGCUAUUUGUUUUUUUUCUAAAUGCAACAAAUUGACUGCUUUUAAAUUACUUUAACCAUCGUUUUAUCUUGAUUGGAGAAAAUUCCCACCGUUUCUUUAGGAGACAUCUUAGGAGUUUCCAGAACCUCCGACAGAAAAUGGAUUGACGUUUAUCACUUUCAUUUCAUUACAUUCCAUUUUCUAGUGGAAAGAGACGCAUCUCUCUGGAUAUUAUGGUGUUUAUGUUAAUUUUUGUAGGGAAAGGAAGACAUUUUUGUACUUCUUAAGCACAAGAAAAACUGUGAACUCUUCCAAUGUAACGUAAGCUAAAGGCGGCGAGACGUUUGGUGCAAACUGUUCCCUUCAAGGCUGAGGUUAGAUACAGCGCCUUACAUGUGUCUCAGUUGAGUUCCUACGUCAUGUCUUUUGUUUAAAGUGUGUUAAUUCCAUAUAUUUGUGCCUGAGGAUUGAAGGAUGAAAGGUUUGGAUGCUGACAUUACAGCUCGAUCAUCUCUAAACUUUUUGUUUUGUUUUUUGUUUUGUGAAAUGCCGAAACUACAAUGGGGGAAAUGUAUCAUUUUAUAAAAUCAUGAAUGUAUAUUAACAACUGAAACAAAGGUUGAAAGUUGUGUACAUAAUCUAAGAGAUUAAAAACAGAUAUUUCAAAGUGA